AUCAUCUUCUUCUUCUUCACCUUCCUUUCUCUCUCUCUGUGAAUGUGAACACAAACCUUUCCUAUAUAAUUUCCACCUUCUAGAACCCCAUAGAAGCUUUCCCCUUUUAGAUUCUCUGAGCAAGACUCUCGCCUUCUUCUCCAGCACCAGAGGAAUCUUCAAUUCCAGGUUGAAGAUUUCUCAUUUUCCGAUCUAAUUUCUCCGAUCAAACCCUAGAUCUCCAAUCCGGGACAAUCCGACUCCAAAGAAGCUGAAUUUCAAUGGGGAAGGUUCUCCUAGAAGCCUCCAGGCCGUCUUCUUCCUCGUCGCCGGCGAAGCCCCCGUCGCCGGCUCCGACGACGACAUCUUCGACGUCGAUCACGGAGACGGUGAACGGGACGCACCAGUUCAAGAUCACCGGGUAUUCGUUAUCGAAAGGGAUGGGGAUUGGGAAAUACGUGAGCUCCGAUGUUUUCAAUGUGGGUGGGUAUUCUUGGGCCAUCUACUUCUAUCCCGACGGCAAGAGCGUCGAGGACAAUGCCACAUAUGUGUCGCUCUUCAUUGCCCUGGCCAGUGAGGGCAGCGAUGUGAGGGCUUUGUUCGAGCUGACGCUUUUGGAUCAGAGUGGGAAUGGGAGGCACAAGGUUCAUACCCAUUUUGGGAGGUCGUUGGAUAGCGGUCCGUAUACGCUUAAGUAUCGCGGUAGUAUGUGGGGUUACAAGCGUUUUUUCAAAAGAACUUCGCUGGAGACAUCAGACUACCUUAAAGAUAAUUGCCUCUCAGUCAACUGUAUGGUUGGUGUUGUGAAAUCACACACCGAAGGACCAAAAAUAUACUCUAUAGCAGUACCACGAUCUAACAUGGGUCAAUAUUUUGGGCAACUACUAGAAAGUGGAAAGGGAACUGAUGUAAAUUUUGAAGUUGAUGGGGAAACUUUUGCUGCUCACAAGUUGGUAUUAGCAGCUCGAUCACCUGUUUUCAGGGCCCAACUAUUUGGUCCUAUGAAAGAUCAGAACUCGCAGUGCAUAAAUGUUGAGGACAUAGAGGCUCCAGUCUUUAAGGCUUUACUUCAUUUCAUGUAUUGGGAUUCACUGCCUGACAUUGAGGAGCUUACCGGCAUCAAUUCUCAUGGAGCUUCCACUCUGAUGGCUCAGCAUCUGCUCGCGGCAGCAGAUCGGUAUGGCUUAGAAAGGCUAAGGUUGCUGUGCGAGCAAAAUCUGUGCAAGGAUGUAGCAAUUAACACUGUGGCAACGACAUUAGCUUUGGCAGAACAACAUCACUGUUUCCAGUUGAAAGCUGUGUGUCUCAGAUUCAUUGCAACUCCUGGAAAUCUACAAGGUGUGAUGAAGACGGAUGGUUAUAAACACUUGAGGGAAAGCUGCCCGUCUGUUUUGACCGAACUCUUGGAAUAUGUAGCUAGAGUUGGUGAACAUUCUGUAUCUCAAUGCAGGAUUGGUAAUGAAGCUAUUCUUGAUGGUAGUGACAUUAAUGGCAGGCGAGUGAAGCAAAGGCUAUAGUAUAGUGAAUUGAUCUUGUUAAAUGUUUUCUGUGUAGACGAGAAAAUGGAAACAAGAAAAAAAAUGAGGCGGGAGAUUAUUUCUAGGUUUAGAAAUAAAUAAUAGUUUCUUCUUAGCUUUGUUGUUUGUAAGGAUGUUGAUGUAACUGUUGGUUUGUAAUGUGAAAGUUGUAGCACUUACUGUUUGAUUAAGAAAAGAAAAUUCAAUUCCACGCUUUAACCAAAAGUUUGUGGUUACUUAG